AUGUUCAGAUACGCGCACCUUUUUGUCCUUGCGGUUGCUGUCAUGGCUGCUGCUAUUCCAAUCUCCGAUGCGCUCAAUGCGAGAGCAGCAACGUCCUCUCUCAACCUACCCUUAAGCAUUGUCCCCUGGCGGCGUGCCUAUAACCCAUCUAUUCAGGACCAUUUCUACACUCCCGAUCUCAAUGAGUGGAACAACGCUGUCAACACCCUCGGGUACUCAGCUGAAGGCAUAGCAUGUCAAAUCCAUUCUACUCAGCAAUGGGACACCGUCCCAUUCUAUAGGAUGUACAAUCCGUCAAUUACCGAUCAUUUCUACACCACAUCGGAACCAGAGCGAGAGAAUGCAAUUCAGAAUUUGGGAUAUUCGGAUGAAGGCAUCACGGGCUACAUCUACCCAGAGCCUUGCGCAUUUACAGUCCCACUGUACCGUCUCUACAACCCGUCAAUUACCGAUCAUUUCUACACUAUAUCCGAGGCGGAGAGAGAUAACGCUGCUACAAACUUGGGGUACUCCAAAGAGGGUAUUGCGGGUUACGUAUUCCGUCCAAACUAG